UUCCUGCUGGCUCGCCGGAUAUCCGCCCAGUGACCCUUCCAAGUCCUUGUACCUCCAGUGGGGUCGGUGCUGGUGUGAUUUUUGGUGUUGAGUCCAGAACCGUUGCCGGACAUGGGCCUGGAGGAUGAGCGGAUGAUGCUGACUGGAUCUGGGGAUCCCAAAAAGGAAGAAGAGGAAGAGGAGGAAUUAGUGGACCCCCUAACAACAGUGAGGGAGCAAUGUGAGCACCUGGAGAAAUGUGCAAAGGCCCGGGAACGUUUAGAGGCUUGUGAUGCACGUGUAUCCUCUCGAUCACAGACAGAAGAGGACUGCACGGAGGAGCUCUUUGACUUCUUGCAUGCAAGGGACCACUGUGUGGCCCACAAACUCUUCAGCAGCUUGAAGUAAAUUUGCCAAUUCACUCACCCCAGACUUUAUCAGAUGGGCAUCAGGAUAUUGCCUUGUGGUUCUGAGCAUGUUUCUAAUGUGUACAACUAUAGAUUCCUGUGGACUUUGGAUUUUGGUUUAGGAGCAUCUGUGUAAUUAGCAGUGAUAUAUCUUAAUAAAGUCCUAUGGUUUGAUGCCCUG